AUGCCACAGAAAGCCAUUGUCCUAGAUGGACUCUGGUGCUGUCUUUGCCCGAUAUUGAAUCCUGCCUUUUCCACUCGUCUUCGGAACCCCCUUUUCAACACCCCCCGAGCUUCCAAUCUCCGCAUUCGCAAGCCUCCUCCGACCUGCACAAAAUCACUAUCCUCAAGAUGUUAUAGCACCGAGGUUACCAGGGAAAGACAAGCUUCGGCAACGGAGCAAAGGAGCCAUGGAUUACAAGCACCUGUUCGAGGCUCAGGAAAACCUCGAUUUGUGUCGGGCAAGUCGCAGCCAAAUGCACCCAAGGCGCCCCAGAAGUCAGUGCCGAUGCAAUCGCCCGAUGCACCGCACCAUUUGGAACGCAGGUCGACUGCAGAGCUGGAGGAAAUUCUACAAGACCGGGUGGCCGUCUCCCCUAAUAUUGUGAACACGACCCAGAUACUGCGCGUUCUGAUCAAAAAGCGACAUGUUCGGCCUGAUGUUCGUCAUUACCGGGCUCUGAUCUUGGCGAACGCAGAUUCAGAGCGUGGCUCGCCGGACGCAGUUCGAAAACUGCUUUCGGAGAUGGAGGAAAAUGGAAUUCCAGCUGAUUCUGGCACCCUUCAUGCUGCCUUACAGGUUCUCGCCGUCCACCCAGACUAUGUACUACGACAAGAGAUUGUCCGAACCCUCCGAGAUCGAUGGGUUCCUCUCAGCCCGGCUGGCUGGCAUUUUGUCGUGGCGGGUCUUAUCAGAGAGCAUCAGUUUGAAUUGGCACUCGAACAUCUCGCCUAUAUGGAAAGAAGAGACAUUGUGAUCGAAAGCUGGCUUCACAACAUUCUCAUCUACAACCUCUGCGAUCUGGAAGAGUUCGAUGAAGUGCUGAACCAGAUGCGGUCUCGGACAGAUCAAAACCAUGACAUAUCUCUUGAUCUCUGGUCAUAUGUCUUGGAAGUCGCAAGCGAGGCUCUCCAUCACCAAUGCACUCGCUACGUAUGGGAAAGAGUACGACUUGGUUAUUUGCACCCGUCUCACGGGGUUUGCCGGAACGUGCUCCUACUUGCGUCUCUGAAAGGUGACCCAGAGCUGGCUGCUUCGGUGAUCGAUUUCUUUGUCAAGACAGGUGUGUCCCUUUCACUAGAAGAUAUGGAAAAGGUCGUGGAGAGUCAUCUUGUAGCCGAUGACCUGUACUCUGCCUUCCAGGUAUUAUGCAAGACACAGAUGUCGGGGAUCUCAUUAGAAGGACGUGCCAUACGUCCCAUUCUCGAUUACAUGAUUCGGACAAAAACAAGGCCGGAUACUGCAUGGAAUAUACUCAAGGGGCUCAAGGCUGAAAAAUUGCUGGUCCCAAUUGAUUGCGCAAGGGUGGUUCUCAAAUUAUGCGAGUAUGGGGCUCUACAAGACCCCUUUAUGGUGGAUGAGGGUAUUCGUCUCUACAAGGAUUUCCAGAGACUCUGCCCCGACGGGGCAGAUGUCUCAAUUUACAACACUCUCAUCAACAUGUGUCGGAGGGCGCGGGAUCCCCAAGCCGGCAUGUUUGUGGUUAAAGAGAUGGCGUCGCUUGAUGUGGCUCCCAUCGGGACCACGUUCGAACGCAUCAUUCUCUUGUGCCUAGACUCGGGCAAUUUUGAGUCUGCAUUCAAAUAUUUCAAAGACAUGUUACGUCGCCGCCUCACCUUGAGCGAAGAGGCUCGGCUGGAGAUCCGCGGACUGUGUCUGGAGUCAGAGGAUGCGUAUGCCCUGGCGAUAGCAUCGCAUCCGCAAGUCAAAGGAGACGACUAA